GGGAGAUGGACGCGUGUUCAAUUUGCCACGAAGACUUCGCAGCAGGAGACGAAGUUGCUGCUCUUUCUCUAAACCCUCGGCAGUGCAGCCACAGCUUCCAUGCUGCUUGCAUUUUGCCCUGGCUGGAAAGGAACAAUACUUGCCCUGUUUGCCGCUACGAACUGCCCACUGAAGCUGCAGAGGCGACGGCGCAGCAACAGCAGCAGCAACAGCAGCAGCAGCAGCAGCAGCAGCAGCCGCAGCAGCAGCAGCAGCAGCCGCAGCAGCAGCAGCAGCAGCAGCAGCCGCAGUUCCGGCAGCUGAUUGAUGCUGCACUUGCCCCCCUCCUCAUGCGAGCCCCUGUCUUUCCUCCUUUUAGCAUACCGAAUCCAGCAGCAGCAGCAGCAGCAGCAGCACCAGCAGCACCAACUGCAGCAGCAGCAGCGCCAGCUGCAGCAGCAGGAACCCAGUCGCCGGCUGCUGCUAGUGAUGCUUCUCACGCUGCUGCUGCCGCGCAGUUGCCGCAGCAGCAGAGCCCUGCAUCAGCAGCACCGCUGGGGGAACAGCAGCAGCAGCAGCCGCAGCAGCAACAACAGUCGCAGCAGCCGCAGCAGCAGCAGUCCCAGCAGCAGCCGCAGCAGCCGGAGCUGGAACGUUCAUCUGCCCUUUACUCAGCAGCAGAUGCAGCAGCAGGAGAGCAAGCAGCAGAAGCAACAUCAGCAGGAGCUGCGACACUCUCUGCAGCAAACGCUUCAAGCGCAGCAGCAGCAGCAGCGGGAGCAGCAGACGAAGCAGCAGGCAGCCGCGCAGAGGGCGGCAACAGCAGCAGCAGCAACAGGACCGGUGACGGCGGCCGUAGCAGCAGCAGCAGCAGCAACAGCAGCAACAGCAGCAGCAGCAGGUUCCCCACUGUAGGAAUUGAAGGAAUUUUUGGUGUUGCGGUUUCUGGGCAGCAGCCGCAAGUCUUCACAUUUCCGCAGAGAGCUGCUGCUGACCAUGCAGCAGCAGCAGCAGCAGCAGCGGCAGCAGCAGCAGCAGCAGCAGCUCAGAGUGCACAAUGGAGUGGCGCGGCUUUUAUCAAUGAACCCGAGCAGCUGAGGCAGCUGCAGCGGGCGCUGCAGCAAAUGCAGCGGCAGCAGCAGCAGCAGCAGCAGCCAGAUGGGAGCGCGGGAUCUGCUGCACGCCCAAGAAGCAGCAGCAGCAGCGGCAGUAGCAGCAGCAGCCACGGGCCGCCGAACUCGUGCAGGCAACAGUGA